CUUAUAAUCAAUCUCAUCAAUCUAAAUCUAUGUUUAUAAUAUAAUAGUGUGGUGUCAGUGAUAUGUGGGUUUGUUUUGUAAAAAAAAGAAAAAGAUAUUUAUACUUUCAAGUUUAAUACUUUAAAGACAGAUAUUCCUUAACAUAAAAUAAUGUCAUUUUAAUAGUCAUGGCGUUUUUAUUAAAAGCUUUAUUUUUAUUUUAUUUUUGUAAUUUUACAUUUGCAACUGAUAUAACAAACUUGGUAUUUGGCGAAAUUACUGAUGUACUACCUGCAGCUUUUGGCGAUUUCAAUUCAGACGAAUUAACGGACGUGUUUGUGUUGGGAAGUGAUGGCAAAACUGUUGAGAUUUUACUAGCUGCAGAAGAAGAGCCGUUGUUACGUCGUUCUAAGACUAAUAAACUUACAUGCAAAUUUGAGGACCACAUUACGAGUGUAGUUCCAGGAGAUUUUGAUGGGGAUGCCCUUAUGGAUGUCCUUGUGACCACAGUUAGUUCAGAAAAUAAUCAAAUUAGUAAUGGCCCAUCGCUAACAUCAGUUCAUAUUUGUUGGGGUGGUUCUACAUAUAUGAAUUGUAGUAGAGAAUCUGAACCAGUAUUAAAAUUAAUAGGACAACCUCUGGCAUUAGAUUAUAAUGAAGAUAUGAUAAUAGAUUUAUUUGGAGUUGAUAAAGAUGGAAAAAGAGCAUUUUGGAUUUUUGAUUCAGUUAGAGGAGUACCAUUUAGAGAAGAAAUGGCAAUGGAAAGACAUUUUAACCUUUCUGAACUGAGCAGGCCCCAUGCACAUGCAUUCUUGGAUUUAAAUAAUGACUUUCGUGCAGACCUAUUUAUAACAAGCAAAACUGAAUUUGAAAUUUGGUACGGCGAGGGCAAGCGUAAAUUUGCUUUUAAUCAUACUAUACCUCAUCCAAAGCAUGCAAAAGUAAUUGGACAAUCUUUGUAUAUUGAUGUAGAAUUAAAAGGUCAAAUGAAACUUGUCACUCCUGUUUGUUACGAUAAAGAGUGCACAGAUUGUGCUUUAUUGGUAUAUUUGAAUGAUACUUGGCAAAGUCUUGGGGUCAAUUUUGAAGAUGGUUGGUGUUUUGCACGAAUAAUGGAAGAAAAGUAUACCAAUGUUAUUACUUUGCACAGUGGAGACUUUAACAUGGAUGGCUAUCCAGAUAUUUUAACCACUUUGAAAUCAAAAGUAACUUCAGAGACGAGGUCAUUCUUGCUUGAGAACAUUGCUUGCAAAAGUGGUUGCGACCGUUUUUCAAGAAAUUACCAAAUUCAGUGGAAUGCUUUGAAUCCAUUUACAAAUAGUACUGCAGUUGCAGUGUUUUUUGACUUCUACCAAGAUGGCACUUUGGACGUAAUUCUCGUUAGAAAUUCGGAUCACAAGUACAGAAUUGCUGCUUUUAAAAAUACCCUAGACUAUGAUGCAAACUUCAUAAAGGUAAUGGUCCUUACAGGUUUAACUAAUGAUAAUAAUGCCAUGAUUGAUGGACGUGUCGCGAAGAAGAGAAGAACUUAUGGUACAAAUCUACCAGGACCAAGUAUAUCAUAUAGAACUACCACUCAAGAAGGCUAUCAACAGCAUGGUAUUUCGGCUCAAUUACCUCAAUCUGCCCAUUUCAGUCUCAACUUACCUUAUACUAUUUUUGGGCUAGGUCGAACCCCCAAUUUUGUUGAUACAUUAGUAGUGGGCUUAUCAAACUAUUCCAAAGAAUUCAACCAGAUUAUUCCUAAUUCACAAAUGGUUGUUAUCCCUUGGCCUGCAAAUGAACCAUCCAAAUGGAAAGCGCAAUUAUUUGUAACGCCCAGCAAAGUGAUAUUAACGUCUGUGGCGGCAUUAACAGGAAUUUGCGGAUUAAUAACAUUAAUUAUUGGAAUUCUAUAUUGGAAAGAGCGACAGGAAGAUAAAAAAGAAAGAUUACAAGAGUCUCAUAGAUUUCAUUUUGAUGCUAUGUAAUCUGUGAUACUUUGAUUUUAUUUGUUUAUUUAUUAAAUGACAUAAUAUAUCGUAUAAAAAUGUAAUAAUAGGAACUAGUGAUAUGAAUGGAACGGAAUAGUUUUUUUAUCAUAGUUCUUCUUAGCAUUGGUAAUUUAUAGAUAUUGUUAAAGUAAAUAAGUAGUUGCUCAAAAUUCCAAUUGUACGCUAGUUAUGAUUACAAUAACGUCUUUAUCUGAUAAUUAGAUAUGUAAAGAAGACUGCCGAGACCCCUGUAUAGAUUGGCCUGUAGGUGAAUAAGUACCACCUUGUGGUGAAUUAAAUUACAUUUUUAACUGAUUAUCAUGCACUUAUUUGAAGUUCCAUUAAAAGAUGGGAACAUGGUUAAAAUAUAAAAUGCGGUUUUAUUUUUAAUAGAAGUAAGUUGAAUAUAAGUCACAGUGUUAAUUAAAAUUUUAAAUAUAUUUUCAGUCUAAAGCUAUAGUGUGACCUUUUAAAGGAUAUAUAUGUAUUUAUAAGGAAACUGCUUGAAUAUAUUGAAUAUACUGACAGAAGAAUCCUUUAAUGGUCUGGACACUAACUAGGUUUAAAUUGCACAGAACGUAUGUCGUUUGUGCUCUUUCUGACUCACUUUUACAGGUCAAUCUCGGUAGUUUCCUUUACAUACAUUAGAUAUGGUAGUUUCCUUGGUUUUCUUUAAAUGAAAAAAUAUUGUUUAGUUGCAAUGUACCAUCUUCUAAAUUUUACUUUUUUUAACUUUUAUAUGAAACGUUUUGCAACUAUUUAAACUAAUUGCUAAUUCUGUAAGUAUUCCUCAUUUUUACAUUUAGGAUUUCUAUUGUUGUCUUUUAAUAACAAAAGUUUCUGUGAAAUUGCUGAAAAAAACAUUGUCUUAAUUCAGUAUAGUGAUUUUUUUACGUAGGCGAGCUUUUAUGUUAAAGUGUGUUAUUUUUAUUGCUACUGUUCCUACAAAUCUUAAGUCAUUCUCUUUAUGUUAAUUGAGUAUGCAAACAAUGCUGCUUAAUGGCCAUUAACAAUACACGUUCAUAAAUAGGAGGGAGAAGGGGCAUUUAAAGUGUUACUUUUUUAUUUUUUCAUUUUAUUCAUGUUUCUACCUAUGCUGUUGUUAAUUACAAUUAUUCAUUUACAGGGA